AUGUCGACACCAAUCUCUCUGUCCGCCGUCUCCUCCAGCGAGAACAUCAUCAAGCUUCCUCACCCGUACCACUCCGAGUACGCAGUCCAGCGCGCCUUCAACCACGACACCUUUGCCGGAAAGACUUCAGAGGGCGGCAUCCACUUCUACCGUCUCACGCCCCUCGCCGCGUCCAAGAAUACCAAGCAGACUCCCCUCCCCGAGCGUCUUCACAGCGAGAACCUCUACUUCACUGAGCCCACGGACCUCAAGUCCAGCGAGCUCCCCGCUGACUCCAACAACAGCGCCUGGGCCCGUUCCCGCCGCUCCCCCAGCACCGUCUUCUCCUGGGACGGCAAGACGAAGCCGACACUCGCCCAGGCAUGGCUCCUCGUCUACGUUAUCUUCGUCCUCCGCCCCGCGGAAGAGCUCGUCCGCCUUGAGCUCCGCGGCACCGGCGCCGAGACCCUCGGCCAGCAGCUCCGCGACGUCCUGCUCGCCAUCGAGCACCCGACCCAGAACGAGACGCAGAAGCCCGCCGCGACGGCUGAGCUUUCUACCGUUGUCCUCCUUCGCUCCGCCUUCUGGCAGGGCGCCGGCUCCCCCUUCGGCCCCCGUCCCGUCUGGCUCCCGCAAGAGUCUCCUGCGGCCCUCGAGCAUCCUCUGUCAUCAUACCCCUUAACCCCCCUCCAGCACACCAUGACGGCCGUGUCGGCCUCUGACCCGUCCAACCCCAACCUCUACCAGCAGGCGUGGCACCCCAUCCGGCCGGCCAAGCCCGCGCCUGGCGCGACGGUGUACAGCCGCUGGAUCCCCCACCUUAAGGAGACCUUCUCCAUGGUCGCGCUCGAUUACAAGAACCCGGAGCACCUGCGUCUCUUCCACGAGUGGCAGAACGACCCGCGUGUGUCGCAAGGCUGGAACGAGACGGGCACGCUCGACCAGCACCGCGAGUACCUGCGCAAAAUUGACGAGGACCCGCACCAGUUUGCCAUCCUCGCUGCGUGGGAGGACACCUUUUUCGCCUACUUUGAAGUCUACUGGGCCAAGGAGGACAAGCUGGGUGGUUACUAUGACUCGCAGGACUGGGACCGCGGCCGCCACUCGCUGGUUGGCGACGUGCGCUUCCGCGGCCCCCACCGCGUGACGGCGUGGUGGUCCUCGCUGAUGCACUUCCUCUUCCUCGACGACCCGCGCACAAGCUGGGUCGUCGGCGAGCCCAAGAAGACAAACGACACGGUGCUCAUGUACGACUUCAUGCACGGCUUCGGCCUCGAUAAAUUUGUCGACCUCCCGCACAAGCGCAGCGCCUUUGUGCGGUGCUCGCGCGAGCGCUUCUUCCAGCUAUGCCCGCUCGGUGAUAAUGAGAAGGUCGUUGGCGGUAUGCGCAUCCAGCUUGUGCCCAAGUUGUGA